CAGUAGACCUAUAAGUUCUUUAUUUUUUGUAAGUGAACUACCUAAAUCAAAGUUAGCAUAUCUAUUUAGCUAUAGCCUGCAACCUACUUGCCAUGUCUACCCAGUGUUCUCGAAAAUUGGGUACACCAGGUGACCUACUGAAGAAUGCAGAAGAAAAUAUUUGAACUUCUGUUUUUAUUUCAAUUCCAGGAAAACUUUCCAAAAAGCUUUACCAAUAUUUACAAUUUUGAUGAACAAUAGCUUAUAUACAGUUAAUAAGUGAAUAGUCAAUCAUACAAAGUAUCCUCAACAACUGUAUUGUUGGGGUGUGCAUUCAAACAAGUUAGGAACCAUUGGUCUAAAUUGCCACUCAUAUGACCAGGAAAGUGUACUCAUUCCAUCUCCUAAGGAGGAGUAAGGAAGCCUAGCUCCCUUUGGAUAUGUAAUUUUUGCUGCAAUCCUCACAGGAUGGAAGGAAAUGACCCCAGAAGCCAGAAAUACCUCCCACACUGUGAGUUACUUCAUCCUCUUGGGCUUCCCUUGCCGCUGGGAAAUGCAAAUCCUGCUGUUCUCCAUAUUCUCUGUGACUUACAUCCUGACUCUGCUUGGAAAUGUGGCAAUCGUGUGUGCAGUGCACAGGGACCACCGGCUCCACACCCCCAUGUACAUCCUGCUGGCCAAUUUCUCCUUCCUGGAAAUCUGCUAUGUCAACUCCGAUGUGCCCAACAUGCUGGCCAACUUCCUCUCCAAGACCAAAACCAUCUCCUUUGCCCAGUGCUUCCUCCAGUUAUACUUCUUCUUUUCACUGGGCACAACUGAGUGCUUAUUUCUCUCCAUCAUGGCCUAUGAUCGCUUCCUGGCUAUCUGUCGCCCCCUACACUACCCGACUACCAUGACUAUUAAGUUCUGUAGGAGCCUCGUUCUCUUUUGUUGGGUCUAUGGUUUUCUCUGGUUUCUGAUCCCAGUAAUACUCGUUACCCAGCUGCCAUUUUGUGGCCCAAAUGUGAUUGAUGACUUUCUGUGUGACCUCGGUCCCCUGCUGGCUUUGGCUUCAGCCUGCGUCCCAGUCCCAGGGACGGUUCUCAUAUGUGGCACCAUGAGCUCCCUCCUCAUCUUUGCCACCUUUUUCUACAUUAUUGGCUCCUACACCCUAGUGCUGAGGGCUGUGAUGCAGGUGCCCUCUGCUGCUGGGCGGAGAAAGGCCUUCUCCACCUGCUCCUCACACCUGGCUGUCGUGUUUCUGUUCUAUGGCUCAGUCAUGAUGACCUAUGUGAGCCCAGGAUCAGGACAAGCAGAGGGCAUGCAGAAGUUCACGACUUUGUUUUACUCAGUGUUGACCCCUCUUUUCAACCCCAUGAUCUACAGCCUCCGAAAUAAAGAAAUGAAGGAUGCUUUAAAGAAAGUUCUGGGAAGCUCAUAAAGCUGCUCUCUGAAUUAUUUCCAAAUGAAUGCACACUGAGAACCUUCAUCAGUGAAAAGUUGAGAAAUGUCAAGUAAAUGCAGACUUUUCAAAGGGGACAUUUCAAAAUAUGCUAAUUAUCCUGUAAUUUAAAAUGUUUCUGCUUCUUGCAUAAUAGUAAUCUGUUUACAAGUCUGCCUCUACAUAUCUCCCCUUUCUUAUUAGAUUGUAAAUUUCCUUAGAACAGGAAUGGGGCUUUAUUAAUAUCUGUAAUUCCAGAGGACCGAUGGUGUGGCUUAGUAGGCUAAGCCUCUGCCUGAGGCACCAGCAUCCCAUUUGGUCACCUGCUGGUGUCCUGGCUGCUCUUCUUCUGAUCCUGUUGUCUGCUAUGGCCUGUGAAGGCAGUAGAGAUGGACCAAGUGUUUGGGCCCCUGAACCCAUGUGGGAGACUCAGAAGAAGCUCCUGGCUCCUGGCUCCUGGCUCCUGGCUUCAGAUCAGCCCAGUUCCAGCUGUUGCCACCAUUUGGCGAGUGAAGCAGCAAAUGGAAGAUCUCUUUCUCUCUCUUUCUCUCUCUCUCUCUUUAUCAAUUGUCUAUCUCUCCCUCUCUCUGUAACUAUAUUUCUCAAAUAAAUAAAUAAAAUCUUUUUUAAAAAUCUGUUAAUUCCAGAAUCCAACACAAUGCCUAGCAUGUAGAUAUAAAUGAUGUCCACUUAAAUAAAGGAAUUUGUUCAUAUUUCCUCACUAGAUUCUAUGGUUCUUGAUGAUCUGGACAGCAUUUA